AUGGUUUCGACACGCGCAAGAUCCCUUGGGAACCAACCCGAAUCCUCUACCACCUCCGACGACCACAAUGCCCGAUUGCAACAGUUAAACGAUCAAAUCCGUGAACGAGAGCAACAGUUAGCUAUUCUGCACGCGCAACAACGCCUCAACGAGUUGGAAGCACAGAUUCGCGAAGAUACUUUUAUCGAGUCCCGACCAACCCAGGAUAUCGCCGCAGAACUACCGCAAAAUCGACCCGCAGACAAUAUGGAUGAUGAUAACGAAACACCGCCGAGAUUGGAGAUUAAGGAUUACUAUCGAGGAAAGAAUAUGUUAGAAUUUGAGGACUAUAAAGAUCGCAUGUUGACUCUCUUUGCACGCCACCGUCGAUAUUAUCGAAAAGAAGAACGCAAGAUAAACGACGCCAAACUCUACCUUGAUGCCCACGUUAAGCAGAAGUGGUUGAAUUUUGUAUCAGCAUACGAGAGACGCGGAGGAGCAACACCGUUAACAUUCGACGAUAUGCUAUCACACCUAGAGAUGCAAAUUAACGACCCGCAGAACCAGCGUCGAUUGGCGAGCCAAAGAUUCCAGGAUGCUAAGCAACAGGAGUGGCAGUCGAUACGCGACUUUUCUAAAUAUCUCGAAGAUUGGGAGUAUUACUUACCCCCAUACAGCGAGGAACAGAGAAUGGAUAACCUGCGUACUGCAAUGAAGAUUAUCGAUGAUGAACAUGUCCUCCGGGAAGGAUUCCACCAUUUCGAAGAAGCCGACAUCAGUGGAUACGAUGUAAUUCUGGGUAUGCCAUGGUUGCAAGCUGCGAACCCCGACAUUGACUGGGUGCGAAGAUGCUGGACCUAUAGGAAAGCGUCAAAUAUCAGCCACGUGCACCUAGAUACCGCUAAGGAAUUUGCAACUUUAAUGGACAACAGCAACAUUAUAUUCGCCGCCUUUCCAUUGCGAGCUGCGCAUGCAGCGACUGAGCCAAAUAUCCCGGAUGAUUAUAAGGAUUAUCUUGAUGUAUUCCGAGAAGAUAUACCUGACGCGGAACACGCACCCCACGAUCAUGCCAUAGAUCUCAAACCUGGCAAGGAACCACCGUACCGACCGAUAUAUAACCUGUCACCUCAAGAACUCUCCGUCCUCCGAGAAUAUAUCGAAAAGGCAUUAGAGAAGAAUUGGAUACGCCCGUCCAAGAGCCCAGCCGGUGCCCCAGUAUUAUUCGCACCGAAGAAAGACGGAACCCUGCGUCUUUGCGUAGAUUAUCGAGGGUUGAACGAAAUAACAGUCAAGAAUCGGUAUCCGCUGCCCCUGAUAAGUGAAAUACUCGAUAGAUUAGCAGGUGCCAAAUUAUACACGCAAUUGGAUCUUAGGGACGCGUAUCAUAGAAUCCGCAUACGAGCGGGGGAUGAAUGGAAAACGGCGUUUCGAACACGAUACGGACACUUUGAGUAUCUGGUUUUACCCUUUGGGCUAACCAACGCCCCUGCGACUUUCCAAUCUUAUAUCAACAAAGCCCUCAGUGAUAUUUUGGAUGUAUAUUGCGUGGCUUAUCUUGACGAUAUCGUAAUCUAUUCGAAUACGCUUGACGAACACGUCGCCCAUGUUAAGAAUGUGCUGGAACGUUUAAGGCGAUGGAGACUAUAUGUGAAACUUAAAACGGACGGAUCUGGCGUUGCAAUCGCCGCAGUAAUAUCGCAAUUAAUGGAUGAUGGUCACUGGCACCCGAUCGCGUUUUGGUCCAGAAAACUCACAGAAGCAGAAAGACGUUAUCAAACAUAUGAUUUAGAAAUGUUGCCGAUUGUAGAAGCUUUCAGGCAAUGGCGCCACUACCUACAUGGUAGCAGGCACCCAAUAGUUGUUUUAUCUGACCAUGCCAACCUCCGGCGCUUCAUGACGACGAAGCAGCUAAAUGGGCGUCAGAUUCGUUGGAUGCAAAUGCUCUCAGCGUUCGAUUUUGAAAUUGAGCACCAUCCUGGGGAAAAUAAUCCCGCAGAUGCACCAAGUCGUCACUCAGAUUAUAUAAAACACGCAGCUCCCUUGACGGGGCUCCCUACCCUGCAAGAGAAGCUGCAUGAGAACGAAGUCGCCGGCGUUACGGGGUUAGACCUAGGGACCCUGGUGCCACGGAUUCUAGCCGUUAAGGUAUUUGAGUCCGAGAUAGCCUAUCGCGAAGAGGUAGCUGAAUCUAUUGUCGAACUCUUGCUGCAGGUUCAGAAUAGGGACGCUGGCACGUCUGAACUUCGCAGAAGACUAGAGGUGGGUGACGCUAGCGUAGGUGAUCGUUCGACCUGGGCAGUAGACAAAGAUGGCCUGCUCAGGAAAGAUGGUAAAGUCUACGUACCGCAAGACAAGGCCGUAAGGCAUGAAAUAAUGAAAAUGAACCACGAUGAUCCCCAAGGUGGCCAUUUUGGACGUGACAAAACCAUCGAAGCGAUCAAACGCAAGUACUCGUGGCAUGGUAUGAGCGAUGAGAUUGCAGAAUAUGUGAGGACCUGCGAUGUUUGCCAACGCGUCAAGAUACCGCGGCAUAAGCCGUACGGGUUGCUACAACCACAUCCAGUGCCAGAUAAGAAAUGGCAUACAAUCAGUAUGGACUUUAUUGAAGGCCUACCAGAUAAUAAGAAGGGAAGUCAAACUUACAAUGCUAUUGUCGUAUUUGUUGAUUCGUUCACUAAAUGGGCCAUAAUUGUACCCACAUCUUCAAAGCUAGAUGCGGAAGGACUCGCGGACAUUAUUGUAUGGAAACUUGCGAAAAACUUUGGCCUACCUGCGAACAUUAUUAGCGACCGAGAUUCAUUAAUAAACAGCAAGUUCUGGUCAACAUUAUGUUACUUACUCCAUGUCCGACGAAAAUUAUCAACAGCCUUCCAUCCGCAAACCGACGGCCAAACGGAACGAUUGAACCAGGUGAUUGAACAUUAUCUUCGCACAUAUUGCAGCUACCAGCAGGAUAACUGGAUAGAGUGGAUUCCCCUGGCGCAAUGGGCAUAUAAUAACGCCUUCCACGCAUCGAUAAAAAUGACACCAUCUGAAGCGAUGAUCGGCCGACCAACUGAACUUCGUAUAGACGUGGAACCCCCAAGCACGGGCGCGUCAAAGUCGGCGAUAGAACAAGUGGAACGGAUGAAGCAAGCGGAAAACAGGAUUCGAGAAUGCCUAGAAGCUGCCAAAGCAGCUGAGAAAAAGUAUUAUGAUCAGCGCCAUAUACCAAAAAGCUUUAAGAUAGGGGACUGGGUAAUGCUGCGUGCAAAAAUAUAUCCACCUUGCGACCUUCACCCAAACUAG